AUGAUGAUUGCAGCCGUGUUGUCCUUGUUUACACUGGUUGUCUUCUACGAGGUGAUGCCGGCAUCCUGGGGCAUAACUCCACAUGAGAUGACCGGCAGCCAAAAGGCCUACGGUGCUAAUCUGGUGGCAUCUGGCUUGAGCGAAGACUCCCUCCGUACCGACCGUCGCUGCCACGCUCUCCCCGACCCAGGCAACAUCCUGUUCGUUGUGAAGUCCGGCGCCACAGAGAUUUAUGAGAAACUACCAACUCAGCUGCUGACGACGCUCGGGUGCGCGCGGGAUUUCUUGAUCUUCUCCGACCUUGAGGAGCAGAUUGGCCACUACCAUAUCAUCGAUGCGUUAGCGGACUUCAACGAAACCAUGAAAAAGACUCAUGCUGACUUCGAGCUAUACCGCCAACAACAAGAGUAUCAACGUGGGGGCCUGGAUAUCACCACACUUAAGAAUGACGGUAAGGCAGCCUGGAAUCUGGAUAAGUACAAGUUCCUGCACAUGGUGGAGAAGACUUGGGUCCAGCGCCCAAACAUGGACUGGUAUGUCUUCAUUGAGAGCGACACGUAUAUCGUCUGGACGAACCUCCUCCUCUGGCUGCGUCAGUUCUCGCCGAAGAAGAAGCUGUACAUGGGCUCCGCGGCCUUCGUUGGAGACCAGGGUUUUGGCCACGGUGGGAGCGGCUAUGUCAUUUCAAAAGCGCUGAUGAAGGCAUUUGUGGGGAAGAAUGCCUGGACGGCGGGUCGUUACGACGAUGUAUUUCCGACUGAGUGCUGCGGGGAUUUCGUGCUGGGACGGGCGCUCAAGCAGGAGCACAAUGCGGGAAUCCAAAAUUUUUGGCCGCAAAUGAACGGGGAAAAACCCGUGACACUGGAGUUUGGAUCAAAUCAGUGGUGUCAGCCCGUCAUUACAAUGCAUCAUGUCAAGCCGCGGGAGCGCAGCAUCAUUUUUGAUUUCGAGCAGGCCCGCGACAGUAUCGCGGUACCGCUGCUCUUCAGGGAACUCUCAGAGUUGCCCUUUCCACCGGGUAGGAUGCGCAUCCAGGAGGAUGACUGGGACAAUCUCGCCUUUGUGCCGGUGAACCUGGACAACCCUUCGAUGGAAUCAUGUCGAGAGGCGUGCGAGAAUCACUGCUUCCAAUGGCGGUAUAGCGAGGGCGAGUGCCAUAUAUCGACUGAAUCCUUCAGGCUUGGAACAAAACGGCUGCCUGAGGGUCAGCGGCGUUGGUUCUCAGGCUGGAACGUUCAGCGAAUACAGGAGUGGCGCGACGCGCAUCCGUGCAAGGAGACAACUUGGGUGAAUGCGCACUGA